UCAAGGAUUUAGUCAAGCAGAAUGAUGCAGAAGAUCACUUAGUAAAUGGGCCCUGGUGGCUGGAUCCAUUGUAUACACCGACCCUCAGACAAGUAGAUGAGCAUAACAACCUUAAAGACACAUACCUUUGUAACUCAGUAUGGUGGAAGGAAAUGGAUUCAACCAAAUACGGAUAUAUGAAAACCUUCUUAGAGACAGCCCGACAUCCGUCGCAGUUUAAUUCUCGUCAAAAGAAAUCGUUGGAGUCGCAGAGUAAAUUUUUUGUCGUUUACAACCAACUACUCUAUAAAAGAGAUCGUCGUAAAAGCAAAAAGCCUCAGUUGUUAAGAGUGAUAAAACAGGAAGAAUUAACCCCAUUGUUAUAUCUUAUGCACGAUCAUCCCUUGGAUUUUCCACUAUCGGCCCCGCUAGAAGAAAAGGAAAUAGACCGAGUAAAUGUAUUAGUGAAUGAUCUACCGGUUAAUCGAGCAAUAGCCAAAGAAAAUAUUAAUGAAUCUCAACAACGGCAAAAAUUUAGAUGGGACAAAAAGUUAAAGAAGGUUGUGCGUACCUUUAAUAUGGGCGAUAAAGUUCUCUUAUUUGACGCAGCUCAACUAGGAAGACAUACUGGGAAAUUAUCUCCAAAAUGGCUAGGGCCAUAUAUUGUUCAUGCUCGUGUCGCGCAAGACGUAUAUAAACUGCGUACAUUAGAAAAUCAGAUUUUGGAAGCACCGCGAAAUGCUUUUAUAUUGAAAAGAUACUAUGAGAGGAUUUAA